AGGUCCACCGACUGAAUGUUUUUGUUUUGCAGGGAAAAGUGAAUGAAAAAACGUAUUAAAUUUGAUAAAUAAUAUAAGAAAACCAAACCAAUGCCAUUUCGCUUGGCUACCACAAGAUGACCAUCUUCAAUCUGUACAUAUUCGACAAGUAUGGAACCCUGUUGCACUACGCCGAAUGGAAUCGCACCAAGAAGUCUGGCAUAACCCGGGAGGAGGAGGCCAAACUCACCUAUGGAAUGCUGUUCUCCAUCAAGUCCUUUGUGAGCAAGAUAUCGCCACACGAUCCGCGUGAAGGAUUUCUCUACUACAAAACAAAUCGCUACGCCCUACAUUACCUAGAAACUCCUUCGGGUUUGAAAUUCGUUCUCAACACCGAUACCACAGCCAUCAAUGUAAAGGAGCUGCUACAGCAGCUGUACUCCAAAGUGUGGGUGGAGUUUGUGGUACGCGAUCCACUGUGGACGCCCGGCACGGUGGUCACCUCGGAACUAUUCCAGUCCAAGUUGGACGAGUUCGUCAGGCAGUCGCCCAUCUUUGGCAUUCGCAAUAUAUAAUAGCUUUAAGCUCAUAUUCCUAAACACAAAGGCAAAUUGCCAAGCGAAAAUACUAUGCAAAUUCCAAAAACUCUAAAAACUCUGAAAGGUCUAUGUCAUUAGCUCUGAAUUUGCAAAUAACUUUGCCGCAAUGCACACGCCUCGCGAGGCCGGAAAUUGUGUGCACUUAUAAGAAAUGUCUGCUGCUGCUGCGCCAAGCUUGGACCAAAAAACUUGCCUGGGAAUUGCGCAAGGUCUGCUGCUUUGUUUUUCACUGUCCGGUGUCAGGCUGACGACCGAUGUCCACUCACCGGCUGUCCGCUGACAAAGGGGGACAAAUGUCAAAGCGGUUGCAGCAACAAGCUCCAAAAGCUGAUAAACUUUGACGGAAAGACUCUGAAAAUCUGAGCGGGUGUUGCUGCAGGUACAAGUGGUUACACGAAUCGAAAAUUUGACAUACAAAGGGUUUAUUUUUAAAUUCUAAUUAAUUUAAACGAGGUACUUUUCAAAAGAUUGCUUAAUGAAUUAAAUACCAUAAAAUAACACAAUUUUGUCAAUUUUGUUUAAUCUUACAUCUUAAAUUAUCUAAAUCCUAUAUCUUUCCCAUCAUAAUAACUAAUUUAUGUUAUACAAAAUCAAAACUAUAUCCUCCAAUUUAUGUAUUCAAGCUAAUUGGAGAUAUCUCCCAAAAUCAAAUUAAAUAUUUGCUGAUAAAACUAUUAUGACCUCAUACGAAAUUGGCAAGUUCAUAACAAUAUGAUAAAGAUCUUAAAAAAAUACCCUAAACCGACCUCGAAGCAUGGCGAAUCCCAUUUCUCCCCGUGUAACCACCAAUUUUGCCUGCCGGGCCAUUUGGGCUCGCCGCAUCGUCAAGGG